AGCGCACGGGCAGCCAAUAGCAGAUGAGCUUGGGCAUUGCAGAGUCCAGGUGAGGGCUUCGGAGACGGCCGAGCCCCCGGCCACCUCCGCCAUGUCGGUGUUCGCCUCCUUUGGCUUCACCGAGGAGCAGGUGGCUUGCGUGUGCGAGGUGCUUCAGCAGGGAGGCAGCAUCGAGAGGCUGGGCCGGUUCCUGUGGUCCCUGCCGGCCUGCGACCACCUGCAGAAGAACGAGAGCGUCCUGAAGGCCAAGGCCACCGUUGCCUUCCACCGGGGCAACUUCCGAGAGCUCUACAAGAUCUUGGAGAGCUGCCACUUCUCGGCGCAGAACCACCCCAAGCUGCAGCAGCUGUGGCUGAAGGCGCACUACACCGAAGCCGAGAAGCUGAGGGGGCGGCCCCUGGGGGCCGUGGGCAAGUACAGGGUCCGCAGGAAGUUCCCACUGCCCCGCACCAUCUGGGACGGAGAGGAGACCAGCUACUGCUUCAAGGAGAAGUCUCGGGGUGUUCUGCGGGACUGGUAUCUGCACAAUCCCUAUCCCUCCCCUCGGGAGAAGAGGGAGCUGGCGGAGGCCACUGGACUGACCACUACCCAGGUCAGCAACUGGUUCAAGAACCGAAGGCAGAGGGACCGAGCGGCAGAGACCAAGGACAGGGAGAACGGCGAGAACUCCAACCCUCAGGGCCGGCAGCCGCACCGCCAGGCGCAUGGCGCUGGCCUCAGCCUGAGCAGCUCGGACGAAGAGGAUGUGUCGCCAGAGCUGAGCCCCGACCCUCGGGCUGGCACCCCCGGAAUCUUGUACCCCGGCGGCCUCCACGCCCAGCCCUUGGACUCGGUCCUGCCGCUGGGCAGCCCUGUUCUCCAGCUGCCCCAGCAUCUGCAGGCCUCCAUCCUGGGGCCCCUCACCUCCAGCCUGGUUGACCUUGGCUCGUGA